GUAAAAGAAAUGAAAAUUGAGCAGAAGGAAAGUACUAUUCUACUUUUCAGUGAAGGUAGUGGUCUCAAAACAGCCUGAAAAAAAAUCUAUGAGUUUUCCAUGACACACUCCUAGACUGUUUUGUUGUUGUUGUUCCCUCUUAUCUACUCCCACAAGAUAUUUUCUAGAAGCCAUUAAACACUAGAUCAUUGAUAUGUAAUGCAGUUUUUUUUUUUAUUUUGCACAGAUGAAAGGAAAGAUGAAGCUAUCAAAUUAUGAAGGCUUAGCCCCUAUGAAAGAAGAGUGUUUUAGUGGUUCAUCAAAAACUACUGCAAAAAUAAAAUAUCUUAAUACGUACAGACUGGAACCAUAUAAUAAAUUUCAGGAUCGGUUAGUAAGAGACAAAGCUCAAGCAAUAUUAAUGAAUAAACUUCAACAAGCCAAAUAUGAUGCAGAUUCUAGUCCAUCCUUGUGUGCUUCACUCUCAGAAGAAAUAUUAAAGGCUACAAAGGAAAUGGGCUUUGACCGUUAUAAAUACGUGGUAACAGUGCUAAUUGUGGAAAAGGCAGGCCAAGCAAUAAAUGUCGCCAGUAGAUGGGUCUGGGAUGUUCAAAGAGACACCUGGAUUUCGGCUAAAUAUGAAACUGAAACAUUUAUUGCACUGGCUUUGAUAACAGCUUGUUAUUACGAGUGACACUCCCAAGAUGACGCACCUGCUUCUGUGCAGCACAGUACUUGGUAUAUUUGAAAAUUUUCGGAACAUCCGCUUACCAACAGCAUCAGUCCAAAGUCUAGCACAAAAAUAACAAACCUGAUGUGAUAGUUGAGAAAAUUUUGACCACUUUGCUUUGUAAAAAUAACUUCUGAAAUGUGUAAGGUUGAGUACAUAUGGGCUUCGUCUGUUGUAGCACUCUGCUGUGAAAGUCGGAGCAACUGGUGGAAAGUUGAACUUCAGCAAAUUUUGAAUGCUGCUUGUCUGUUGUGUGCAUUGAGUUGUUAAUGAAUACUUACAAUAAAUUGUAGGUAAUGGUU